UGCCCCCUGCAGGCCCCCUCCUGGGGGUGGAACCCCAGCCCCGCCCCACCCAGCCUCCUGUUUUAAGUUUACACUGUUGCUGUCAGAGUAAGCGAAGCAGUACGUUUGAGAUGUGGUCGCCCUGAUUUUUCUGUGUGUAUCUUCCCACGUUCGCUUAUCAUUUCUUCACCGCAUUCAUUUCCAGUCCUUUCUAAAGCUUCUCUAAUCCAAGGGUCCUGGAGAGUUGCUACUCUUAUUGCCCAUCUUUUCAUCUAUAGUAGUUCUAUAGUAGUUCUUAUUUGUGAUAGUUAAGUAGCGAGAUUGGUAAUUUUUAAAAUAUGUAUAUACUCAAGCCGCUUGACACUUUUCCUGCAAAAUAUCUUUUUGUUUCUUUUGUUUUUCGUCUGUGUAUCUUUACACCUUUGCCUAAAAAGCAAGACCGUCCAGGUUUCUGCCACUGAAACUUGUUGCCUCUCCCAUUAUUUCAGCUCUGGAAAGGAAGAGAAAUGGAAGUGAAAAAGUUGAGCAUUUCCUGGCAGUUCUUGAUAGUUCUGGUUCUGAUCCUGCAAAUUCUGUCUGCGUUGGAUUUUGACCCGUACAGAGUCCUAGGGGUCAGCCGAACAGCCAGUCAGGCUGAUAUUAAAAAGGCUUAUAAGAAGCUCGCCCGGGAAUGGCAUCCCGACAAAAACAAAGACCCUGGAGCAGAAGACAGGUUCAUUCAGAUUAGCAAGGCUUACGAGAUUCUUUCCAAUGAAGAAAAGAGAUCCAAUUAUGAUCACUACGGGGAUGCCAGGGAGAACCAGGGCUACCAGAAGCAGCAGCAGCGAGAGUUCCGCUUCCGCCACUUCCAUGAAAAUUUCUAUUUCGAUGAGUCCUUUUUUCACUUCCCCUUUAACACCGAGCGGCAGGACUCCAUUGAUGAAAAGUAUUUGUUGCAGUUCUCGCAUUAUGUGAACGAAGUGGUUCCCGACAGCUUCAGGAAACCCUACCUCAUUAAGAUCACCUCGGAUUGGUGCUUCAGCUGCAUCCACAUCGAGCCAGUUUGGAAGGAAGUAAUUCAAGAACUGGAAGGAUUGGGUGUGGGGAUCGGCGUGGUCCAUGCUGGGUACGAGAGGCGCCUGGCCCACCACCUGGGAGCACACAGCACGCCCUCCAUCCUCGGGAUCAUAAAUGGGAAAGUCUCCUUCUUCCACAACGCCGUUGUCCGCGAGAACCUCCGGCAGUUUGUAGAGAGUCUCCUUCCAGGGAACUUGGUGGAGAAAGUUACAGACAAGAACUAUGUCCGGUUCCUGUCCGGCUGGCAGCAGGAGAACAAACCGCACGUCCUUCUGUUCGACCAGAUGCCGGCUGUGCCGCUGCUGUACAAGCUGACGGCUUUCGCGUACAGAGACUACCUGUCCUUUGGGUAUGUGUGCGUGGGUUUGAGAGGGGCGGAGGAGAUGACGAGGCAGCAGAACAUCAAUGUCCAUGCCCCCAGCAUCCUGGUCUUUAAAGAGCAUACAGACAGGCCUGCGGACGCCAUCCAGACCCGAGGUUUGAAGAAGCAGGUCAUUGAUGACUUCAUCACCCAGAACAAGUUCCUAUUGGCAGCCAGGCUCACCAGCCAGAGGUUGUUCCAUGAGCUCUGCCCUGUGAAGCGGUCUCACCGACAGAGGAAGUACUGUGUGGUUUUACUGACCGCUGAGGCCACCAAGUCAAGUCAACCCUUUGAGGCCUUCCUGUCCUUUGCUCUGGCAAACACACGGGACACCGUGCGAUUUGUGCAUGUCUACAGCAACCGGCAGCCGGAGUUCGCCAGCGCCUUCCUGCCAGACAGCGAGACGUUCCAGGGGAAGUCGGCGGUAUCGAUCUUAGAAAGGCGCAACAUGGCAGGCAAGGUGGCAUAUAGGACCCUGGAGCAUCCCUGGACCGGGAGCGAGAGGGACAAGUUCAUCCUUCUGGGUUAUCUUGACCAGCUGCUGAAAGACUCGGCUCUGCUGUCCUCGGAAGCCGUGCUCCCCGACCUGACCGAUGAACUUGCCCCUAUGUUCCUUCUCCGGUGGCUGUACUCUGCUUCCGACCACCUCUCGGACUGCUGGGACAGCCUCUUGCACAGCAGCUGGCGGGAGAUGAUGCCCUUCCUGUCGCUGGUCUUCUCGGCGCUCUUCGUCCUGCUGGGCACUGUCAUUGUGCAGGCCUUCAGUGACCCAAACGAUGAGCGAGAGUCAAGCCCUCCGGACAAAGAAGAAACCCCGGAGAAGGCGGGGAAGGCGGAGCCCAGCUUUCCCCGGGAGAACAGCAGCAGGGUCCCUAAGAAAGGCUUCGUGGAGGUAACGGAACUCACCGACGUCACCUACACCAGUAACCUGGUGCGCCUGCGGCCGGGCCACAUGAACGUGGUCCUCAUCCUGUCCAACUCCACCAAGACCAGCCUCCUGCAGAAGUUCGCUCUGGAGGUCUACACGUUCACCGGGAGCAGCUGCCUGCACUUCUCCUUCCUGAGUCUGGACAAGCACAGAGAGUGGCUCGAAUACUUGUUAGAGUUUGCCCAGGACGCAGCCCCGAUCCCGAACCAGUACGACAAGCACUUCCUGGAGCGCGACUACACGGGCUACGUGCUGGCUCUGAACGGCCACAAGAAGUACUUCUGCCUCUUCAGGCCCCACAAGGCAGCGGAGGAGGAGGACACCUUGGGGGUGCGUGGUGGCCUUGACUCUUCCCUGCACCCGGGGGACUCUCGAGGGAAGCCCGGCGGCCUGGGGCCCAGGCCCCUCAAGGGGAAGCUGAGCAAGCUGUCCUUGUGGAUGGAGCGCCUGCUGGAGGGCUCCUUGCAGAGGUUUUACAUCCCGUCCUGGCCCGAGCUAGACUGAGGACCACAAGAGACUUGAACUCAGACCUUUCACAGGCCCUGCGAACAGGUAUUUUCAGGACCUAGACUGUCAGCAGACAGAGCAUAGCUUUUAGAUUAUUCUAGAGCAGCGGCUAGAAGAAUCUUCCCUUUGCCCUGCUCGGUCCUGUUCUAACCUAGGAGUGAAAACUCCACGAGUCGAAUUCCCUAGAUCCGAAUAUUUUCCUUUGGGGUUUGUUUUCCUCAUCUGGAUGCCGCACUAUUUAAAACAGACUGCUCAGUCCCUCUUCCUUUCUGGUCCCAUCACUUGGUCACGGUCCCUGCCCUGUCCUGCGUCUGUGCCGUGGGGGAAGCACAGGUGCUCACCCUGCAGCGGUACUGGGUGCGACCUCAGGAGCCGUGUGCUCACAGCCGCCCCGCCGCCCCCCGCCCGCCGUGCUCCCACACGGUGCAUGCUGUAACGGUGGGCCAGCCCUCGGCAGCUUCCAGGCCCGCGUCCUGAAAGAGGCCUGGAUCCAAGCACUCUUACACUGAGCGGUGUUUCUGGCAGUAAGCGGCUAAAGCAUAUUUUGGGGGCAUCCCCCUACUGCAGUGUGUUAGCCAUGGUUUUAAAGGGUGGGGCUGAGUGGGCUUCUGCAUAUGGUUUGGUUUUCUUCCCCAGGCAAGAGGAGGGAGGGCUGGGCAGUGGCUGAAGGGAUCCCUCUGUGAGCGUCCCAUCAGCCCAUCAGCUGCCUCCCCAGCACGAACCGUGGCCAAGGGACCCAUGCAGCAAGAAGUACUAUAAUGAUGAGCCAUUUACAUGGAUGUUUUCGAUGCCUUCCUGCCUCUGCCGGGCUUAGGGUGGGGAUGUUAGGAGCCAUAACUAACCUCAUUCUCUGGACGUAGAGAUGAGCUGCUACACUAUAAGCCUGUAGAUGUUAAACCCAUUGUCCCACCUGCCACAGUGGUGUCUCUAGUAAGAUGCAGACACGUCUUUGUAUCAAGGAACCUAACAUCUCCCAGCAGCAUUGUAUUUUGAAUCCAGAAGUGCUGUAUCUUGAAGUCCUGUUUCUUGAAGUCCUGUUUGUGACAGUGAGCCGAGACUUGUUCUAGACCCGCUUUGCAAAAGGCUUCCUUUGAGCAUCUGGCCCCUGUUUUGAUGUCCCAUCUUAAUCAUUUCUCGUGACUUACAGCUGCCUCACCAGGAGCAGGGUCAGUCCUGUCGUCCGCUUGCUGAGCCCCAGGGUGAGCUGGACGCCAGGCUGGCUCAUUCCCGCCAGGCAGAGGGCUUACUGUCCUCUAGGGCAAAACUAUCAGUGGGGUUUGGGCAGCCUCAGGAGCGGUCUGUUCCAGUAUCAACGCAAAUUGCCCGUUGAAGGCCGUUUGCAAAGGGAAAGGUCAAAUCAGUGAUGGGAGAAAAUAGUAUUUUCUUUAAUCACAAUGCUUCAAACUAAGCCAUUUGGAUCCUGAGUAACUUAAAUACUGAGCUACAGCGACAAGGAGUGAACUGUUUGAGCUCAGGAAUUUCUGUAGUUUCCUUGGAAUCUGUAGCUUUAUGGCAAAAGUGAUCACUGCCCCGCUUCUCUCUCCACAUGGUCCCCGAAAGGAUGCUGGCUCUGCCGGCCGCCACGCACGCACCCUGCCAGGGAGGGGCAGCCCAGGACUCGUUUGGCUUUGAUGUGCCUGUCCUCACAAUUACUCCUGGGGCUUCUAUGGCCAGGCUGCUUGGAUGAAUAUGUUUAGGUUUCAUGGUAGGUUUUUAUUUUUAAUUUCUGGUACUAAAUGGGAUUCUUGACCAUAAUUUCUGAAAACCAAAACCUCCCCAGAUUUGUUCAUUUUUAAAAAAAUUUUACCACUAAAAUAAAAAGCACCUUCAGACAGCUGCAUCUUCCAUCUGCACUAAGGAAGGAAGGUGAUAAUAGGAUUGGAAACACGCCUGGCAAAUACUUCAGUCUAAAAACCCUCUACAGGUCUCACUGGGGCAGAUGUGUCUGCCAGGAGGACACUCGGGAUCUCGUUUUAAAAUGAGCUUCACCCCUGGCCACCCAGGCCUUUCCUGCCGAAUGCUGUUUCCAUUCAUUUCCUUUUGUGUCAAAUGUAUGAGCCACUGUCCUGCUCAGCCAAUGCCACCGUGUCUCUUCCCAAUGUAUGUAACCACACAGACCCAGUUUCGGUUUAACCUCCUAGUCUUUGAACAUGUAUCUUCAAAAGAUGACAUUGAUGAUGUCAGAAGUAGGUUUUUCUGGUCGCCAGAGACUAUGCAUCAUGUUUAGCAGAUGGGAUAAAAACCAGUCUUAAAAGCCUUUGUAGAAUCCACGCCAGUUUAAAAAAUAUUUUUUUAUUGCCAAGGUGUUGGGGGCACGAUUUGUCUAACACAGAGGUGGGCAGCCCCAGCAGGGCCGUUUCAGGGGCGGACUGCCCUGGCGUCCACGGGGCCCCGUCUCGCUGCCGUCACUCACUGACCACGGAGACUUAGUUGUGGUUUUCGCGAAGUAGGUUGAUUUCCUCCCGGUCAGUACGCAAAUGUUUUCCCUGAUUUAAACAGAAAGGGGAUCUGAAUGUGUUUGACGUAAUUGGCUUUGUUUGGGAAAUGGGCUUAGAAGUGAACAUUCAGAACUUUGUUUUAAAGGAAAAUCCUUUACAAGCCAAUGCAAAACAGUUUACCAAGUGAAACGUUGCUCUCAUCCAAAUACCUGCCAGCCCUCGCAGGCAGAUGCAGUGCGGCAACUGCCGACUCUGUUGGGUUUGUCAAGGGGAAUAAUUAUACUUUCGAGACAGAUCUGAAGAGAAAGUGAAUAUUUUGCACUUUUGAUACUCUUAGGAACAAAUAACUUAUUUGGCAAACGGUGUCUUUUUUAUGUUGUUUUUGUUUUGUAUUGUGAAUAGGCACUAAAGCGGAUGUUAUUUUUGUUUUGAGAACAUUACCGACUGGAAACAGAAAUAAACUAUUUUAACGUGUGAUGAUUACGGGUA